UUCCCGAAAACGGUUUUCCAACGCCGACGCACGUGUUUUGAAAACGUUUCCAAUUAAUUUCGUGCAAAUUGCCCUCAGUGAAGCAACAAGCCGAGAGGUUGCAUUUAAUUUGUUUUUAUACCAAAGUACAGUAAACCAAGAUACUUAAAAAUGACUGAGGAGGUGAACCCCAAGGCAUUCCCGCUGGCCGAUGCCCAGCUCACGGCCAAGAUCAUGAAUCUGCUGCAGCAGGCCCUCAACUACAACCAGCUGCGGAAGGGCGCCAACGAGGCCACCAAGACCCUGAAUCGCGGUCUGGCCGAUAUCGUCGUUCUGGCCGGAGACACCGAGCCCAUCGAGAUCCUGAUGCAUCUGCCGCUGCUGUGCGAGGACAAGAACGUGCCCUACGUCUUCGUGCGCUCCAAGCAGGCCUUGGGCCGCGCCUGCGGCGUUUCCCGGCCGAUCGUCGCCUGCUCGGUGACAACCAACGAGGGCAGUCAGCUCAAGUCGCAGAUCACCUCCAUCCAGCAGGAGAUAGAGCGACUCCUAGUCUAGUUCCAUUAGAGCUUUAAGUGAAAAGUACAAACUAAUAAACAUGUGUAUUUUUUAA